CGCGGCGUUGACGUGCGACGUGGGAGCCAGGAAGCUGGUGUGCUGACGCUUCGCGUGCGAACCGGCAGACUGACGAGUCCGGAGCCUCUCUGUUCAGCAGUUCGAACAGGGAUUCCUGUCUCCACUUUGACUCAAAAUGCUGCGCUUGGCGGGCUUCUCGGUGGCGCUCGCGCUCGCUUUGUGUCCAGGUCCAGCUGAAGCCUUGAAAGAAGGAGAAUGUGAAGUGUGCGUCUCCUUCCUGGAUAAGUUUUAUCAGUCACUGAAGGACAGCGACUCCAGCUUCAAGAGUGCAGACAUCGAAAAGGCGCUCACCAAAAGCUGCAAUGAAGCCAAAGGAAAAGAAAACCGCUUUUGUUACUACAUUGGUGCAACGAGUGAUGCAGCUACCAAGAUAAUCAACGAAGUGUCCAAACCUCUCAGCUACCAUGCUCCAGUGGAGAAAAUCUGUGAGAAGCUCAAGAAGAAAGACAGCCAGAUCUGUGAACUGAAAUACGAUAAACAGCUGGAUCUGAGCACGGUGGAUCUGAAAAAGCUCAAAGUGAAAGAUCUGAAGAAGAUCCUUGAGGAGUGGGGCGAGUCCUGCAAAGGAUGUGCUGAAAAAUCGGACUUUAUUCGCAAAAUCACUGAGCUUAUGCCCCAGUACGCUCCAGCAGCGGCCAACGCACGGACAGAUCUGUAACCAUGGACAAGUCGUCCCACCAGGCAGAGCGCAGAGUGUUUGAUAUGUUGCAUCAGUAUGAAGGUCGCCCAGAGCAGCGGUCCCAUUAGGACACAGAGCUCGAGCUGAGAGACUGUAAGUCUGGUUUGAAAACCGGAGGCUGCACAAAGAUCAGCUUCUCUUCCGUGAAAACAUGCGGCUCUCUGUGGGUGGACUCUGGACUUACCUGACGCUUUGUCUCUAUUUUGUUGUCUCUCUUCCUCGUUUUUGUGAUGUGUGUAGUCUUUGCUGUGUAUUCAGAAGCUCAGAGGCCUUUAUGAAGGCAAACUUUUACCAGGAGACUCUCCAAUUGGAUUAAAAAAACAAACUGAAUCUGGUAGAUGGUUUAUUGAACUGCUGGUGAAACCUGAUCCUGCCGGAUGUUUCCUUUAGUAAACAAGUGGAACUUGUCGUCCACAUAAUCACGUCCUGCUUUGGGUGAUUCUCACCUGCACGUCUGGGAGGUGAAGAUCUGGAAGACUUCCUUUUGCUACCAGGAGGAAGCUUCGGAAGCUGGAAGCCCGGCCUCUGUUGAGCAGCUGCUGGUAACACCGCCGUCAUGUGGCGAGGAGAGUCGCCGUGGAAAGAAACAGCAAUGCAAAGAGCUGAAAAGGGAUUCUGGAGUGCAGAAUGGAUGAACGCUGCAUUCUUCUUCAAAUCUGUGUUUGCUCCUCACCUGUACCUUUGAAGCCAACUCAGUCUCUAACGCAUAGGUAAAAUAUUCAUGAAGCUUUAAGAGUUUCUGUUCAGUCCAGAGAGCAACUCUCUCCACUACAUGAACCCAACCAGUCAGUCUUCAGGGGCCAAUGAUUCCUGAGGAGCAGGAGAACACGUCUGUAUCGAUCGCACAGCCUUGUGGGAAUGGGAACGAGCAGCUGCCACCGCUCUGUUCACCUGACCUGAACUCCGUCAAAUGAAUAACUUGGGUUUGGAAACUGAAGUGUAAAACGACACAACAAAUGGUCGCUGAACAUGCAUUCAAGUCAUUUGUACAGCUGUUCUACUUUUUCAUUAAAAUAUGAAAAACUGGACUAUAAUGAUACCAGUCAAAAUGAUCAACCUACUACUCUGAAAGGAGAUUACUGGUCUAGCACUAAAUGCACAAACUAGAAGAUCCACAUGACCUCCCAGCAACAAGUGUACCUGAAGGACCACAUGGUGUUCACCUGGGAUUAAGGGACAUUCUCUGUCAAAUACUAAGAGAAAAGGUGUAAAUCAACAAUUCCGAUGAUCAGAGGGAAAGUGGUUUGUCAGAAAACUAUUAAUUGUCCUUUGAAAAUGAAUAAAAAGAAUUCCUCCCUUA